AUGAGGAACAAGUUUCAAGCUGAGGAAUUCAACACACAGCAGGUGGGCAUCCUCAGCCGUCUGAGCACAGAGAAUGCAGACGAGUUCAACUUUGUGCGCUCUUACGAGUGCUUCCAGCACAAAAACCACACGUGUCUGGUGUUUGAGAUGCUGGAGCAGAACCUCUACGACUUCCUCAAGCACAGCAAGUUCAGCCCACUGCUCCUCAAGUGUAUCCGGCCGGUCCUGCAGCAGGUUGCCACGGCGCUGCUGAAGCUGAAGAGUUUGGGUCUCAUCCACGCUGAUCUGAAGCCUGAAAACAUCAUGCUGGUGGACCCCAUCAGACAGCCCUACAGAGUCAAAGUCAUUGACUUCGGUUCAGCGAGUCACAUCUCGAAGGCGGUGGGCAUCCUCAGCCGUCUGAGCACAGAGAAUGCAGACGAGUUCAACUUUGUGCGCUCUUACGAGUGCUUCCAGCACAAAAACCACACGUGUCUGGUGUUUGAGAUGCUGGAGCAGAACCUCUACGACUUCCUCAAGCACAGCAAGUUCAGCCCACUGCUCCUCAAGUGUAUCCGGCCGGUCCUGCAGCAGGUUGCCACGGCGCUGCUGAAGCUGAAGAGUUUGGGUCUCAUCCACGCUGAUCUGAAGCCUGAAAACAUCAUGCUGGUGGACCCCAUCAGACAGCCCUACAGAGUCAAAGUCAUUGACUUCGGUUCAGCGAGUCACAUCUCGAAGGCGGUGUGCUCAACCUACCUGCAGUCUAGAUACUACCGAGCUCCUGAGAUCAUUCUGGGCCUUCCUUUCUGUGAGGCCAUUGACAUGUGGUCACUGGGUUGUGUCAUUGCUGAACUGUUUCUGGGCUGGCCUUUGUAUCCAGGAGCCUCAGAAUAUGAUCAGAUUCGGUACAUUUCCCAGACUCAAGGUUUGCCAGCUGAGUAUCUCUUAAGCGCCGGCACUAAAACCAGCCGUUUCUUCCACAGAGGCCCAGACUCCAGCUACCCUCUCUGGAGACUCAAGACUCGCGCAGAGCACGAGGCAGAGUUUGGGAUAAAGUCCAAAGAGGCUCGCAAAUACAUUUUCAACUGCCUUGAUGACAUGAUGCAGUUGCAAAACAGCCUGUUAGUUUCUGAAUGUCAGAGCUUGGCUCAGCAGAGUGUGCCAUUGCAGGCUCGCCCUACUCAGCUGUGUGCCCAGACAGAGCCCUUCCAGCAAACCCUCAUUGUGUGCCCUCCUACCAUCCAGGGGCUGCAGACCUCCAAUAAACAUGCUGGAUAUCCAGUGAGAAUGGAUAACUCUGUUCCCAUAGUGCCCCAGAACCAGUCCACCCAGCCUCUACACAUUCAGCCCAGCAUGCUCACACAGUUCCUCCACACAUCCCUCUAUCCCUUCCCCAACCAGAGCAGCAGCACGCCGCUGACGGUGGCCUCCCUGGCUCUUCCAGUGGCCUUGGGCUCUCGGCGUCUGGAGCAGAGUGCCACCAUGCUGCAGGGCUGGCCAGCAGGGACCCAGCAGAUCCUCAUUCCCUCUUCAUGGCAGCAGAUGUCAGGCAUGACCAUGAACAAUCCCAGCCAGCCUGUGCUUUCCAACUCACCCAUAGGCUCUCUGCUCUCGGACAACACCACACAGCAGAACAGUAGCUGGAGGGGUCGACAUGGAGGUCAGUGCGAUGGGACGCAGCAGGGCUCUGUGCAGGGGCGUAACGUGAGCACACAGCCCUCCCACACAGGGGCAGCCAGCAGUCGAACACAGCAGAGUGGAGUGAAGAGGUCAAAGGGUCGACAUGCCGAGAGCAAAGCCAGACCCACGUCGUCCCAGCAGCCGGCUCCUUCAGUAGCGCACAGCUGCGGUGAUGCGUCUCAGCCCAUCAUCAUCUCUGACACACCCAGCCCCGCCGUCAGUAUCAUCACCAUCCACAGCGACACUGAGGACGAGGACGACAGGAAGUUUCCUCCUGAAAGCUGUAGUGUGAACCAGCGUACAAACGUCAUCAGCUGUGUGACUCUGCAUGACUCCCAGGACUCAGACUCCUCCACCAGCACCCCUCUCAGCCCCAAAUGCCUUCCCAACUUCGUUGAGAACAACACACACUCCAAGUCUCUAGCCGUGGUCACGCCGUUGGUGAAAACACAGCUCUGGGAUGGAGCGUCAGGAGAGCAAAGUACUAAUAGUUCUGGGAAGUCAAAGAAAGGAACGGCCUCACAGUCCAGCGACCGGCAAAACAGAUCUCAGCCUCUCAACCUGAGCCAGGCGCAGCAAUCAAUGAUGUCAUCCCACGAUCGUGCAGGGGGUGGAUCCCUGAGACGCCAGCCCACCUACCCCCCUACAGGCCCCUCCAACUCCUACAGGCUUCACGAAGCAUCUCUUUUCGGCUCCGCCUCCAGUCUGUACGCAUACCCUGCAUCUGCAGCCCUGGCCUCGGUGUCGCAGGCCAUGGACCAGCUGCACAAUUCGGCCGGUUCCUCCUGCUCCUCUUCCUCUGGCCGGCACACGCGCACCGCCGGGCCGUACUCGGCCUCUCUGAGCCUUCUGCAGAAGAACAGUGCCAUGGGCGUCAUGUGUCAGGCUUCAGCUCCGUACCAGCAACAGCAGCUGUCCACACCGUCCUACCAGCGCUCUGCGGCGUUUCCCCUCAGCCGGAGGAAACUCAACCAGUACCCGUACCUGUGAGGAGCAGCCGUCUGAACAUGUGCGUUGAUAUAUGGAAAACGCCAGGAUGGUGUCAUGGAUGUUCACGUGGAAAUGCCAUUUUAGCUUUGUAUAUUUUAUUUGAGUGUUUUAUGUUCUUUUAUGCAUUUCAGUGGAGCACUUCUUGCAUUUUCGAUCAUUUCAAACCAUGUCAUAAACACAAAACAUUGGGCUGUUUCUUAAAAUAUCACUUGCAGAGAAGCCUCUGGAUGUCCAAAAAAAAACAAACACCUUAAAACACAUCAAACUUUGUGUUUGACUAGGGAAAGAAACAUGGCUGUUCGGAAUAGCAUACCAUCAUACAACUCUUAUGAUUUCUGCAGUAUACAGUAUGCAGAGCUAAGAUACUUGAUUUUUCCAAAGCGACUUAUUAAUGAGAAAUACAACAAAGUGAUUCAUACUGAUGGUACAACAGAGCACAGUGUGUGGAAUUAUAUAUCCCACAAUGCAACACACUCUACUUAAAUUACUAGAUCAUUCAUUGUGGUGAUUGAGGCAACACAUUUUUGUAUAUCUCUCUUGACUUCUUCGAUUGAACUGCCAAAAAUUAGGAUUUAUUUUAAAACAGUAUAAAAAUGUGUGAAACCACAUUUAUUGUUAUUUAUUAUUACUUGUCACUGCAAAAUCUGCUUAUGCUUUUAGG